AUGUCUUUGCGCGGGCCCAUGAGGCGGUCCCAUCUGCGGCAGGUGAGCGCCGCAAGUUUGGAGACCCUUUCCACGGCCCACUCAAUUGAAGCAUCGCAUCGCGACCACGGCCCCACGCCGGACGAACGCAUUGUCCGAGUGUUCCCCAGCUUGACCCGGAGACAAUGCACCUUGUGGGUUCACGAUGAGAUGUUCUCACGGGAGGAAAUUUUACUCAACCCCUCGGCAUUCGGUGAAAGUGGAGUCCAAGUCGGCGAUGUGGUUGAGAUUCUGCCUGUUCGAGCGUCUGGGGACCCCGUCCAUUCCGCCUUGAAGCCAGAUGCAGCUGUGAAGACAGCCCGUGACGGCCAUAGUGAUCUGAAUCCACCAUCCCAGACUGACCGCACUUCCAAAUUCAAAACCCCGCUGCAAAGCCGAUGUUUAUUCGUGGUCAAGCCUCUCCCGCAAGACAUCAAGUCUCGGCAUCCAAAAAUGGAAAUCUCAGUGACCAACAGCGUGGCCAAUAUCUUUGGGUUCAAGAACCGGACCCAGGUACUCUUGGCAAUAGUGAAUCGGGAGCAAUGCGCCGCGUCUCACGUGGAUAUCGCGUUUCGCGAUCAGUACAUGGUUCGCUCUGAUAUGUGGCGAUUGGUCAUGUCGGAGCUUGUAGACAAGAUCAUCUACAAGGGACAAAAGAUCAUGUUCAUGGGCAGUAUCAAAGCCACUAUCAAGAACAUCUUCAUUCGAGAGAAGAAGGUCCUUUCCGGCUACUUCUCGCCUAAUACCAUUCCGGUCUUCCGCAGCGAAUCAGCCAAAUAUGUCUUGUUUAUUCAGAUGUCGCGAGAGAUGUGGGACUUUGAUUCCGAAGGAUCUGGGGAUAUUUUGUUCAGCCGAGUUAUCAACGGCUUCUUACCGGAGCUUUUCAAGCGAUGGGUCAACUCUGACGCGAAGCAUUUGGUCACCAUCGUCCUGUUUACCCGCGUGGAAUACGAUGCAUCUACCCACCCAAACCUGUCCAGACUCAAUACUGGAAACUUGAAGAAUACCUCUGGUCCGAAUCGUGUUCCGACUCGUGAUUUCUACCGUGUUGUUGUGAACGAUAUGGCAAGUGGCCACUGGACCACUAUUCUCGAUGAGCUGAAAAAGAACUUCCGAACAUUCCUGAGAGAUGUCUCUAUCCUGAAAACAGAAGAUCUGGAUGCUGCAGCAGGGAGCGGUAUCAAGAUCCCUGCCAAGCCUCAUACCGCGACUAUUGCCGGGCGUCCUAGUACAGCUCUACGAGGCAACAUUCUAGAAGCCAUUCAUCUUGCCUCCGCUCACUUAGCGUAUGACCAUAUUGACCGAGAUAUGGUGCACACAGGCACUUCAAUCAUUGUCAUCACACCUGGUAGCGGUGUGUUCGAGGUGUCUUACGAGUCUCUUGCCUCUACUACAGAAGCCCUUGCGAAUCGUGGCAUAGCUAUUGAUCUCGUCUGUUUGAGCCCCAUGCCUCUUCACUCAGUGCCUUUGUUCAAAUAUCGAGAGCCGGCUGAACAGCAUUAUAGCUCAUUCUCCAAGACAAGUGAAAACCCCAAAACCAAUAUGUCACCCGAGAUACCUCAUUCCAUAUCGAGCCUGGUCAGCAGAUCAUCCUAUCUGUCCCCUGGGUCAUAUCUUUCUGCCACUCGCAUGCGAGAGCGAGGCAACCUUAAGCCAAAGGAUUGGAGCUACGGAAUCCCCCAUUGGCUUGAUAUUUCCUAUUGGAAUCCCGAAACGUACCGAGAAGCUCGUCGAAUUCUGAAAAACGACCCCAAUGCGCCCAUUCCGUUCACUGUCACCCGGCCAUCCAAAGCUUUCACCCCGCGGGUGCGUAUGUACGAGAUCCAAAUGAUGGGAGUCAUGGAAAGUGAGCAAUCAAACAUCUCUAUUCCGUACCUGCUUGAGGGACAUGAUCUGGGAAGGUCUCGUGGCACCUGGCUUGGAAAUGUUGCCCCUAUUCGCUCCGCUCCAAGGACACGUUUUGCGAAUUCCUCGUCUCUUAAAGUGCAAUACAGUGACAGUCUAAGGCCCGAGCCAUCAUCGUUCCUUGAAAAUGUUGCCGACCAAAGUGAAAAACAGGCUAAGGUCUUGCAGAAAUCACGCAAGUCCGUGAUGGGUUGGAUGGAUCAGUACGAUGAAAAUGUCUUCUCAGCGGCUCCUAAACGGCGCCAAGCCCCAAAGCCCAAAAGCAAGCGCCUAAGCGAACCCGAGGUCCAGGUUUCGGGCGUGCAUGAACGAAUAUCUGCGCGAUCUAUAUCUCAUCUUCGCGAACAUGAGACGAACGCAAGCGAGAACAAUCAGAUUUCGUGGGCUAGUGGUCCCCGGAGACUUGAUGCAUCCUCUAUUACCACUCCAAAAGGCUCUAUCUCUUCAAAGAGCCCAUCACCAAAUAAGCCAGUAUUGAAGGCUGUGGCAGCUCCACGGGCCUCGAGGAUCUCUCGAACAAUCAGCUUUGCGCUCCGUGGUCUGAGUGCCACUGCCCCGAGAGCCCAAGCAAGUACAGGCAUCCAUGUAGAGCAUGCCAGUGCGGGACCCAUGUCCAACCAAAGAGGCCCUCGCAGCACGUUCUCGUCAGACACCAGAAGUAUUGCGUCCUUGAGUCCUUCGGAAACUACGUCGAUCCGAACCAUUGCUGACGUGUCAUCACGACCAUCUACACCUCCAAAGCUUCGUCCGGAGCCCCGGCCAGCUCCUUCCAAGCCGAUAUCCAUAAAACCGCCAGUAAAAAAGCCUUCAGAAGCUGCGGAGCAGCCAGAACGUGGAGCGCCGCAGAGUUCAUUAUCGACAUCGGCGGCCGACACCCAAUUCAAUGAAGAGGGCCGUGACGAAGGCCCAAGGCGACUCCAAGACCAUAAAGUUGGGAUCACUGUCAAUCACAGUUCUCGAGAUGGGUCGGUUCGGUGCUCGCCAAGCAAAGCCCUCUCCCCUUGGGUUCGAUCUGUGAAUCCUUGCAAUACACCCAAGGACGUUCUGCGCAACACUAGCUGGUUUGGCCGCUGGCAGCAUGCAUACCCUCGUCCUCCACAUGUGGCUGUGGUCAAGUGGAAAAGUUUGAAGUCACCGGCAGUGCUGCCGUUGACCACCGAAGAGUUCCCCACAGCCACUGAACUUGCUUCUGAAUAUUUACAAACACCGUAUCGUGUCUUUCCAAACGAUGACUCGGAUGGAUUCGAAUGUCCCAAGUCCCGCGGCAUACUCCUGCGAGAGAUGAUCUCGCUUCGACUGUCCCACGGCUUCCAGAUCGUUGUCGGCAAGAAUGUGGCUGACGUGUCGGCACAACCUGCUCUCGAGUCUUUAAAUGUCUUCGACACGCGGGGUCUCGAACGAGACGGUGUCAUUGUUUUCCUCUCCAAGGGGAAUGCUAUUCAUCGUCUCAUCUGCGUACACGGUGGUGAAAUAGAAGUGACGCGCUUUACACACCAAACAGCUGCGGUGCUUGCGUCUUCCAAACAAGCGAGCUUCACCCUGUAUCAGCCAGCCAUGAGAACCAUUCUGAAUCCAGAAUAUGAAUUAAAGGACAUUAAGCUGGACACAACCGCCGAGGAGUAUAACUGGAACUAUGCCGACAAUUACUUGGCAGGUCAUCGGGACUACCUCCAUAAUCCGGCACAGCAACUCCAUUUCUGGCGGGUUCGCUAUGUGUUGAUCCCCAUGCAAUUGCACACUAAUUCGCGGCGUCAUUUGCAAUCCUUCAACGAGGAUAACGAAGAGGAAAUCCACCUGCUCGGAAUUAGCCAGCUCACCCAUAUCUGGCAGCGACACAAAUAUGUAUCCCCUGAGGAGAAGCGAUUUGAAACAUCGACCAAGAAGAGGGACGCUAAUCCACUCAAUAUCAUGUACCAGACGCGGAACCCAUCAGAAGUUGUCGCUGCAGAGCUUGAUCGGCUCUUGCUCAUUGACCCGGGACUCGACAAUCCGCCAGCUCAGCUUCUCCCCGAGUCAGAACUGCUUGAGAGAUCCAGCAUCAACUUGUCCACUUUUGCCCAGGUGAUCCAGGCUGAAAAGGGUGUGCGAAUGAUGGAUCGACGAUGGCAUUGGCGGCUGCAUUACAACUGUUUCAUUGGCUUCGAGUUCACGACUUGGUUGCUACAAAAUUUUCGUGAUAUUGACACCCGCGAAGAGGCGGUUGGGUUUGGCAACGAAUUAAUGAAGCACGGCCUGUUUCAGCACGUGGAGAAGAGACACAAUUUCCGUGAUGGCAACUAUUUCUACCAGAUUUCAGCUGAAUAUCGUGUCACCCGCCCGGAAUCUCGAGGUGGCUGGUUCCCUCAGCUUCGACCUGACAAAUCGAUGCCGUCCACACCUGCUAUCGGAAAUGUGAAAGACUCUCCAUCUAGUGUUCAUACCCGCUCCGACAGCACAGACGAGUGUGUGCCGCCAACACCGAACACCCCAUCCAAGAGCAAGAAUAAGGUCGCUAUCAUGCUGUCGAAAUCACUCAAAUAUGACGUGGAUAAUCGCAAACGAUCGAAUCGUCCUGAAGUUGUCGAUCUCCAUUAUGACCGGCUGCAUAACCCCGAGAACUGUUUCCAUAUCGAGCUCAGCUGGAUGAACACAACACCCAAGCUGAUUGAAGACACGGUUCAUUCGUGGGCCUCGACUGCAGAAAAGUUUGGUCUGAAGUUGGUUCAAGUGCCCAUUGCCGAAGCCUGCGCGAUUGACCGGACCCAGCCAUUCCGCAAACCUUACAAGGUUAAGCUGAAAGUCCCGCCUCCCAAGGGGCCCGUUCACACUGUCUUCAACAAUGCAUCGUUCGCGCAACCAGGCCCACCGGACAAACUCUACUACCAAAAAGCACUCCUGCGAAAGUUCGACUUCGUACUGGACUGGGAAGCGUGCACGGCGUUCCCGGCGGAUGUAGAGGUCUCCUUCUCCUGGGGCAAGCCGGACUACAAGUACCCGCAGUUCAUCCACCGGGCAGGUAGCCUUCUCGUCCAGAUCACCGAGGAGGGUGACUUCUUGUUCCUUGCGAAUCGACUGGUCAGCACGCGCAGUUUGUCGAGCCGAGAUGCAGGCCGGUACGAGCAUUACAGUCGCCCAGAAUACCGGGGCCGCACUGGCACGCAUGAUCCACUGGACCGCAUGUCGCCGCGCCUGUCGCCGCUCACCCGGCCUAUUCAUGAUACUGGCAGCCCACUCCCCCCGGCUGGAUCCAAGGACAUCGACUCUGCGAAUCUGUACCGAGCACCCGAAGUCAUCCUCCACGGCUUCGUUGAUUUCUGCAAUGACACCGCGCAGCUCGAACAAUUCUACAGCGAGUCGCAUGUCCGCCCGGUAUCAACCAAGGUCGAGCCCACCACUGCGCACCUCAUGGACACGUCCAUCCCGUCCCUGGAGCUCCCGGCCAGCGUGGUUAGCCACCACAUCUCCCCUCCACCCGGCUUGCCGUCCCGUGUGACGAUGGAGUCCCGCGACUCUCGCGACGGGCUGAAGUCGCCGGAGGUUGCACGGACCCGAGCUCGGGGAGAAAGUGUUAGCUACAAGGGUAGCCCACGCAGUGGGAGUCUGCGUCCCCUGAUGUGA